UGGUAACAGUCUUGUGUUACCUGGGGCAGGUGAGAAUCAGCUGAGGCAAACAACAGAGCAGAGCUGUGGAGAGGAAAACAGAGCAAACAUGAACAGCCUCUUCUCCAGGGAUGUCCAGGUUAAGAGCAUGGAGCAGACGGUCAAACACGCAGAGAAGUACCUGGGUGAGAUCUGCUCCCUGCUGGCCUCCUACACCAGGAAGACAGCCAAGCUCAGAGACAAGGCAGACCUGCUGGUGGCUCAGCUCUAUGACUUCUCCAGCACAGAGGACCCUGAACUCCAGCUCGGUCUGAAAAACCUGGCUGAAGACUUGGCCAUGGUGCAAGACUACAGGCAGGCUCAGGUAGAGAGACUGGAGAUGAGGGUUGUUGCUCCUUUAAGAGCCUAUGGAGAGAUAGUCAAGAAUAAACGGGCAGAUCUGAAGAAGUUCAACACAGAUCUGAACAGGGAGCUGAAGGAGUUACAGAAACUGGAGAAAAUCCGACUGAGAAAUCCAGCAGAUCGACAAAGCAUUUCUCAGGCAGAAGUAAAUGCUCAGAAGGCUUCAAACAAUGCCCAGCGCAGUGUCAAACAACUGGAGGAGACCAUUACAGACUUCCAGAGACAGAAGCUAGAGGAUAUCAAAAGGAUUUUCACAGACUUCGUCACAGUGGAGAUGCUCUUUCAUGCUAAAGCACUGGAGGUCUACACACACACAUGCCACAACCUGGAGGCCAUCGACACUCAAAGGGAUCUGGAGCUGUUCAGUGGACGGAUAAAGAUGUCUGACCCUCUGGCUGGCCACAUGGACACUACACUGAGCGGGUACUCCUCUCCCCUCAUGACCAGCUACCACAGCCCUCCUCUGGCCUCCCCCAAAGGCAGAAGCUUCCAGUCAACGCUGGCCUCUACCACAAGCCAAAACCACAGACAACACAGCUAUCAUCCACCCACAGCCAGGAGGCCUCACAGCACUUUACAACGCCAGAGAGGCAUAGAGGAGGAAGAGGAGGAGGAAGAAGAUAAUGAAGAAGAAGACGAGGAGGAGGAAGAGGAGGAGAUGUAUGAAUCAGAGAUAGACGAGGGUCAGCACACCAGCAGGCAGUCUUAUGCUGCUCAAUAUGCUCAGAUGCGCAGAUCGCAAAAGUAACACACCUUCAUAGAAACCCAUCCAGACACACACAGCGCUGUGUGUGUGUAGAUAGUUUAUUCUGUUAGAUGUUGAUGACUGUACAGCUUUUCUUCCAUCAGCACCUCUUAUCAUUAUUGUUGCCACCAACAAUAAUUGUGGUCUAGACUGGUUUCAGUCUUCAUGUUUCUAAAAUAUAAAUGAUGUUUGUUCAGAUAUAUUCAUAAUGUCUCUGUUUUCUUUUCUGCCAGAAAAGAGUCA